AUGAGUGAUAAGCCAGACAUAUCAAAAGGGAAGUAUGACAGGGAAAAACUGAAGAAAAUUAGUAACAAAGAAAAAAAUACUCUUCUGUCAAAGGAAACUAUCCAGCAGGAGAAAGAGUGUAUUCAAACAUUCUAA